AUGAUUUGGUUUGAUAUAAAUAUUGACACACUUUGGCUUGACUUCCGCAGUCUGAGGUGUGCGUCGGCACUUAGCAAAGUUGCGAUGUAUGAAAGCAGUUGUUCGUACGCUGGUGCCCUUGAACUGAAACGGAGUGCCUUAAAAGAAGAGCCUUGGCCAACAACAGAAUGGCCACCGUAUCGUCUACACCAGUCCACUUUCGAGCAACUAAAGCAGAGCGUCGAAAAAGCGAAGGCAGCGCUCCAAGAUCGCUCAGGACUGCUCGGCUCGGCAACAGCGUUCGGUGACUUCUAUGGUGGCCAGCUGGGCCAGGAAGCUACUGGUACAGCGUUAGGAUUCGGCCGAACGAGGACAGAUGAGUCAAUGUUAGGCUCGCUCGACAAAGGAAAAUCUUUGGGCUAUAAAUUAAAUGUGGUUUCUGAAUUUGAGUAA